AUGGACACAUUGCAAGGAGGGCAAUUUGGGUUGGUUUUGCAGCAAGCCAAAGCCACACUGAUUGUGCCAUUGCUGAAGUUUUUGGUGGUUGUGUGCUUGGGCAUGUCUCUGAUGCUUGUUGUGGAGAAGGUGUACAUGGGCAUAAUGAUAAUAUUGAUUAAGCUGUUUAGAAGGCCUGUGAAGCAUUGGAAAUGGGAGGCCAUUAAGGAUGAUGUUGAGCUUGGGAACUCAGCUUACCCUAUGGUUCUUGUGCAAAUUCCUAUGUACAAUGAAAGAGAGGUUUAUCAGCUUUCUAUUGGAGCUGCAUGUGGGCUUUCCUGGCCUUCGGAUAGGAUCAUAAUUCAAGUUCUUGAUGAUUCAACAGAUCCAACCAUUAAGGAUUUGGUGGUGCUAGAAUGCCAAAGAUGGGCAAGCAAAGGAAUAAACAUAAAGUACGAGAUCAGAGACGACAGAAAUGGGUUCAAAGCAGGGUCUCUCAAAGAAGGCAUGAAGCACAGUUAUGUCAAACUGUGUGACUAUGUUGCCAUCUUUGAUGCUGACUUCCAACCUGAGCCUGAUUUUCUCUACCGCACCAUUCCAUUUCUGGUCCACAACUCUGAUAUUGCUCUUGUCCAAGCUCGCUGGAAAUUUGUAAAUUCAGAUGAGUGCUUGAUGACAAGGAUGCAAGAGAUGUCACUGGAUUACCAUUUCACGGUGGAGCAAGAAGUGGGGUCUGCAACUUAUGCCUUCUUUGGUUUCAACGGCACGGCGGGUGUGUGGAGAAUUGCAGCGCUCAAUGAGGCUGGAGGAUGGAAGGACUGCACAACAGUGGAGGAUAUGGAUUUAGCAGUCCGAGCUAGUCUCAGAGGCUGGAAAUUUGUAUAUCUUUCUGACCUUAAGGUGAAAAAUGAAUUGCCGAGUACUUUCAAAGCCUACCGUUCUCAGCAGCAUCGAUGGUCUUGUGGCCCUGCUAAUCUCUUUAGAAAGAUGGUAAUGGAGAUUGUGAGAAACAAGAAGGUGUCCCCAUUGAAGAAGUUUCAUGUGAUCUACAGUUUUUUCUUUGUUCGCAAAAUUGUAGCACAUAUCGUCACAUUUGUCUUCUACUCUGUCAUUUUACCAGCAACAGUUUUGGUUCCUGAAGUUCAUGUUCCCAUGUGGGGUGCUGUUUACAUUCCUUCUACCAUUACUCUCCUCAAUGCUGUUGGAACUCCUAGAUCACUCCACCUAUUGAUUUUCUGGAUCCUCUUUGAGAAUGUCAUGUCUCUGCACCGGACUAAGGCAACAUUUAUAGGUCUUUUUGAAGCAGGGAGAGUAAAUGAGUGGGUCGUCACUGAGAAACUGGGAGAUUCUCUCAAGAAAGAUCCCAGGAAACCUCGAUUAAGAAUUGGAGAAAGACUACAUAUGCUUGAGCUCAUUGUUGGAUUCUACGUCUUCUUCUGCGGCUGCUAUGACCUUGCCUUUGUAAAGAACGGCUACUUUAUCUACCUGUUCAUCCAAUCUGUUGCAUUCUUCAUUGCGGGAUUUGGUUAUGUUGGCACCUUUGUCCCUAACUCAUAGCCGUACACAUUGUUUCAAGAAUUCAUUCAUCAACAUCCCUUCUAUCAAGGAAAGAUGAAAUUAUCAUUUGUUUUCAUCCGGGAGUUAUAGCUGUUUUAGAUUGUUUAUAGGUCAUUCUUUUCGGAUGAGCGAUGGUUUAAAUUAAGUUAUUUCUUUGUGGAUAGUCUAGGAAAAUUCAAGGAUGAGAGUGCAGGGCCGGUAAGUUAUAUAUAUACAUGGCAUUGGAACUGCCUUUGUACUGUAAAAUGAAGCGCCAACAAGCGGGAUUUUGUCGCGAGAAUUAUGUAAUUGAAGGGCUGCUGAUUUGUAAUAACAAAUUAUAUAGGAUUUUGCUUGGGAAUAAUGAAGCUGGUAUCAAGAUGCAGAAA